UUCCAUAUUAUUUCCUUGGUUUGUUCCUAAAAUAAUCAUCUUCCAUGAUUAUCACACACAACACAAUGUAGAACCGUAGCAUUUUCAAACAUUAGCCACUUCUGUACCGACCACUUUUUUUCAAAGUUGUAUAAUAUUUCUUCUUACUUGUUUUUCACAUUCUUACAUAAUCUGUCAAACUUAGGUCCCACAUUCCUGGAUUAGAAUAUUGACCAUUCUUCCAACAAAAUUAUUUUGCAUAAAACACGAGUUCUCAUAAAUGAUAAAACAUAAUAAAAACCAGAAAUUUUCUCUGCUAUAAUUCUUUUUUAUCUUUCUCAUGGAAGAACUAAUCUCAAACAACGUUUUUUGGCUGUAAAUAGGGUUCCUAUUCAGUAUGUUACAGUUUUAUAUAAGUUACGCCAUAAUGUCGUUCGUUGCGUUAGCAAUAUGAAAAUUUUAAUGAUUAAAAAAAUAAAUAAUAAUUAAAAAAUUUGUUAUCGGAAAUGCUCAUUGACUUGUUGUAAAUAUGACAUGACAGUAGCCCAACUAUUGCAUGGGAUACACACUCUAAGUAGUUAUGGUGGAUGUUUGUUUUCACACAACCAUAGUAUUCUUUUAUUUAUUUGCACUUUUUAAUAACAAGAGCAUGAUUUUAAUAUAUUUGACGUAGCAGAUACAGAUUGUGCUAUCUUCAUCAUUUCUUGACAUCAUCUUGAUCUUAUUGUUUAUAUUUUAUAUCAUGCCAUUUCCUGUAAAAGUUAUAUUCUUGUGGGUCUUUUUAUUCAAUUUGUUCUUCUCAUUUGCUUAUUGUUCUGUAAUCUACAACGUUACUUCAUCAAGAGUAGUAACUCCAGAAGAAACUCUUAGCUCUCCGAACCACAUUUUCGAGUUGGGAUUUUUUACUCCUAACAAUUCUCAUAAUCAUUAUGUGGGAAUUUGGUAUAAGGAAGUUACUCCCCGGACUGUUAUUUGGGUGGCUAAUAGAGACAAUCCUGCUACAAGUUCCUCGAGAAGUCUAACGAUAGGCAGAGAUGGGAAUUUGGUGCUUUUGGAUGGUCAGCAGAAUGUUGUCUGGUCUACCAACAUAUCUGGUUCGUCAAACGGUUCAAAUGCUGUGCUCUCAGACGACGGAAAGUUGAUUUUGAGGGAUGGUGUUACAGGUUCAACUCUAUGGGAUAACUCACAGCAUCCAACAGAUACACUCUUGCCAGGCUCAUGGUUGACCUUCAAUAACACAAAUGGAAAAAGAUUGAUUGUUAAUUCUUGGAAAACUGAAAAUGAUCCUUCGCCCGGGGACUUUACUUCUGGUUUAUCGCUAGAGACACCGUCACAAUCGUUUGUCUGGAAAGGGUCGAAACCUCAUUGGAGGAGUGGCCCAUGGGAUAAGGCUAAGUUUAUUGGCAUACCUGAAAUGCAUGGUGAUUAUGAGAGUGGAUUAACAUUCAUUGAUGGUCUUCAGCCAGGAUCUGCUUAUAUUGAAGUCAGGGUACUCAGAAACUGUAGUUACUCCAUGUUUAUGGUCUCCUCAACAGGAGUAUUAAGGUUUUUGUGUUGGGUUCCAGUCAGGGGCUGGCAUGCUAGAUGGGAGGCACCUGUUACUCCAUGUGAAGUCUAUGGAGCAUGUGGAUAUUUUGGGGUUUGCAAAAGAUAUGAUCCAAAUCUAACUUGUAGUUGCUUGAAAGGGUUCGUGCCAAAAUCAGAUGAAGAGUGGAACAGAGGAAACUGGACAGGAGGGUGCGUAAGGCGAACCGAAUUAAACUGUGGAAGAAACACAAGUGCCGCAGAUGGUUUCUUGAAGUUUAGUGGCUUAAAAGUUCCUGAUUCUGCCGAGUUCGUCAACGUUUUGGAUGAAAAUGCAUGCCAUCAACAUUGCUUGAAUAACUGUUCUUGUUCAGGUUAUGCAUAUGUAGAUUCAAUAGGAUGUUUGGUUUGGACAGGAAAUCUCGUGGAUAUGAUCGUGUUACCCUUCGGCGGACCAGAUCUUUUUCUUCGUGUUGCGGAUGCAGAACUGAAAGGUUAUGAUAAGAAGGUUAAAGAAAAACUCAUAAUCAGCCCAGUCACUGUUGCUGUAAUCAUUUCUAUGAUCUAUGGUCUUAUGAAAUGGAGAGCCAACCAAACAAUUAAGAAGAAUGCUGAACAACCAUUUAUGUGGAGAAGCCCUUCAGAUGAUAAUGAUAAAGAUCCUGUAGAAUUGCCUUUGUUUGACUUCAAUAGCAUUUUAGUUGCGACCAGCAACUUCGACGAACAAAAUAAACUUGGGCAAGGAGGAUAUGGUCCAGUUUAUAAGGGAAAGCUGCAAGAUGGGAAGGAUGUGGCGAUUAAAAGACUUUCGACUAACUCUGGACAAGGAACAGAAGAGUUCAAGAAUGAAGUGAUGUUGAUAUCCAAACUCCAGCACAGAAAUCUUGUCAGACUCAUAGGUUGCUGCGUCGAAAGACAAGAGAGGAUACUAAUUUACGAGUUCAUGUCCAACAAAAGCUUGGACAAAUAUCUCUUUGAUCCGGCAAAAAAGGUAGAGCUUGAUUGGAACAAACGGUUCAAUGUUAUUAUUGGAGUUGCUAGAGGGCUUCUUUAUCUCCACCGCGAUUCUCGUUUGAGGGUCAUUCAUAGAGAUUUGAAGGUCAGCAACAUUCUUUUGGAUGAGAAGAUGAACCCUAAAAUAUCAGAUUUUGGAUUGGCACGAAUGUUUGAAGGCACACAAGUUCUUGGAAGCACUCACAGGGUUGUCGGAACAUUGGGGUAUAUGGCUCCGGAGUAUCUGUACGGCGGCAUAUAUUCAGAGAAAUCCGACGUAUUUGGCUUCGGAGUCUUGAUUUUAGAAAUUGUCUGCGGCAGGAAGGUUAAUAGUUUCCAGUUUGAUGAACAUCAAAUGAGCCUUCUAGCUUUUGCAUGGCAAUCAUGGGACGAAAGCAAGGGCUUAGACAUGAUAGAUGAAGUUGUGGCAGAUUCGUAUUUUACAGCGGAAGUAAGCAGAUGUGUAAAUGUUGGUCUACUUUGUGUGCAGGAUCAUGCUGCAGAUAGACCAAACAUGGCUGCUGUAGUUACUAUGUUAAGUGGUGAAAAAACAAAUCUUCCUCAACCGAAACAACCUACGUUUACGUUCCAAAAUGUGUCGACUAGCAGCAAUCACUCACAAAGAAAUUCUACAGGGUCCAUCAAUAAUGUCACUGAAUCAAUUGUUGAACCGCGAUAAUCGAGUUUUUGUUAUCUAAAAUGUUCAGUUCUUUUUAGUAGGAAUGUGAAAUGUGAAAUUUAUA